CUCGAAAGUCGCUAUAAGGCACACAAGCAAUGUGUCUCGCACCUGCUUGCAAUUCUUCGUCAACACCAAGUCAACUUUUCCUGCGUGAAUCGUGUCGAACUGGAUCGACAGCAUUUAGCUGAUGUUGAUUUGGUGGUGGCAGUUGGAGGCGAUGGUACCGUGUUGAGCUCCGCACACUUUCUUGAUCACGGAACGAUUCCUCUCCUCGGCAUCAACUCGGAUCCUAAUGUCAAACCCGAAGAUAUCAAAGUCGUUCACAAGAAAUCUGACGAACGGCGUUCUCACGGUGCACUAUGUAUGUGCACUGCACUCGAUAUGGAAGAUGGACUUGCCCAGGUUUUAUACGGCGGAGGAUAUUUGCAGGCGCGGACUCGAAUCCGAUGCAAGGUAAAAUCGACUUUUUCCGAAACUCGUCUCGUCCCAGCUUUGAACGAUCUCUUGAUUGCCAACCCGUCACCUGCAGCCGUGUCCCGAUUUCGCUUGGGUUGGAUGAAUCUUAAUUCUCUCAAUGUUUGGAGUUCGGGCAUGUGGCUGAGUACGUCGACGGGAUCGACCGCCGCAAUGGCGGCAGCUGGUGGACAACCAAUGCCCCUCGCUUCGGAAGAUAUUCAGUACUUGAUUCGUGAGCAUAUGAUUGAAGGAGGCAAUGUCGAUGGCCACGACCUCGACAACGGAAUGAUCAGAACGGAAGAAAAAAUGCAUGUGCGAUGGAAUUCACAGAAGGGACGAAUCUUCAUUGACGGCUCACAUCUGAUGCACAAUUUGGAACUAGGAGACGAGAUUCUUAUUGAUGGUAGGGCACCCCCGCUCAAACUCUUU